UCCUCCAUCACUGUCGAUGGUGUGCCAAAGUCUGGGAUCCAGGGCCUGCUCGUAAUCGAGCCCCGUGUGUCUUCAAGAGCUGUGUGCUCGCCCGUGCGUGAGGAAAUGUAUACUGCGGAGUCGGCACUCCAUUCUACUGGCCGCUGCUGGACUGGUCGGUCGCUCCAACCCACAGGCUCACGGGGUGGGCGCCCUCGCUGUCGACGGGGUAGCAUGACGUGGCCUGAGAGC